AUAGUGCCAUCGAUGGCUCUGAGUGGAAGAAAAAAUUAAAUAAAACAAUUUACGGUGAACGUCGGGGGCGUGAUUGAGGAAAACUUUUUAACAAAUAGUGCGGUCGAAGAGUGUCGGAGGCCGCUGAUAAGUGAAAUUCGUAUAUGCUACGCGUGUGGAUAGGUGUAAACAGUGUCUGAAAAAUGGCCAACGUACGGGACAGCGACACAUCAUUGUGGCUGCAUAAUAAACUGGGUACAUCAAAUGAUUCGUGGAUAAACGGUUCAAUAUGCUCGCAGCUAAACAAGGAGGUUUUGCGCAAUAUCAAAGAAUGUUUUCCCGAUUUGCAAACUCAAGUGAAGUUGAAAUUGCUUCUCAGUUUCCUCCACAUACCACGCCGCCUGGUGGAAGAGUGGAAGGCCGAACUGGAGGAGGUUAUCGAGGUGGCUGGCCUUGAUUCCGAACUUUGGGUAUCCAUGUUGGCGGAGACAAUGAAAACAUUUCCGGCCACAAGUUCCCUCAAUACAGAAAUAUCCGAUUAUGAAGAUACGCGGCCCAUUUUCACGGACAUGGUCAAUGAUUUGCGUAAAUUGGUUAAUAAGCAUUCCGAUUUGGGUAUGCUGCCACUGGAGUGCCAGUAUCUAAACAAGAAUGCCCUGAUCUCUGUGGUUGGACAGCAGCCGGCUCCCGUCAAGCAUUUCGAGUUGAAGCGUAAACCCAAAAGCGCCCAGCUACGCACAGAGCUGCUCCACAAAUCCGCCGAUGCCCAAUCAUCGCUUAAGAAGGCUUCAGCGCCCACCAUACCAUUGCGAUCGCGUGGCAUGCCCCGCAAAAUGACAGACACGACACCGCUUAAGGGCAUACCAUCCCGCAUGCCGACAACGGGAUUCCGUUCGGCCACUGUACCGGGCAGCGGUGCCCAGCGUCCCAAUCUCAGUCGUACACCAGCUGGUCGCAAAGAUGGUGGCAUUAAGCUCAUUGAACUCUCGGAACAGCCUCUGGGCUAUGCUGCAGCCAAGAAGCGCAAACGCGAACAACAGCUGGAGGAGCAACAGAAAAAGCAGGAGCAGAAGCAACAGGCAGCUGCAGCGGCGGCCGCAGCAGCAGCUGCUGCCACCACGGGCGAUGCCGAGAGUCCUCCAGCAGAUGGGGCAACCGCUGAGACGCCUACAACACCUACAACCAACAAUAACAAUAAUAGUUUCGAAAUAAAAAUGGAGGCACAGCUAAAUCAAAGCGAUGGCGGCGUCCAGGAAUUGCAGGACGACGAUGAUUUACAAACAUCCGAAUUGGCAAUCAGCAAGUCUAUGCAAAGCGAUCCGGAAACACCAGAGUAUGCAGCUGCAGCCACUCUCAACUUUACCCAGGCUACGCCGACAACACCCACGUCUACGGUAACUGUGGCCACCAAGACGCCCGAAACUCCAAAGGUCCAGAAGACACCUCGAACUUCAAAGGCCAAGGUGGCUAACAACAACAAUAAUAACAAUAACAACAAUUUCAUUCAGACGCCAAAGCGUAUUAAACAGGAGAUUGAGAUCAAGAGUGAAGAAAUUAUUGUGCCAGCCAACAUAAAACUGGAGAAGAUUGAGUCGUCACCAUCUCAGCAGCAGCAGCAGCAACGUGUAAUAAUUCAGCAGCCAUCGUCCGCACAGCGUCUUCUAGUGCGCAGUACGCCACAGAAACGACAGAAUAACAUCACUAGCAACAACCUGCCAGCAGGAGCAGCAGCAGCAGCGGCCAACUCAACAACAACAACUACAACACAAGUGGGUAAUACCACAAUCAAAAUGGAGAAACUGGAUAUUAAGCCAAUACUACGAGCAACCAGUGCAUCUGCCGCGACAAGCACCAGCAGCACGGGAACUACAACAACCAUACUCACACCGCAGCAACUGAGACAGGCAGCAAAUCCUUUGGCUAAUUUACCCAAUAAUAUCUCUGUUAAGAUAACCUCUGCCAAAGCCAAGGCAGCAGCGGCUGCAGCAUCUGCAUCAACGUCUAGUGGCAGCCAAGCUUCGGCCCAAUUGCAGAUACAUCAGCAACAAACCACACAACAGCAGCAACAACAACCCAUUUUGAUCAACAGUUCUACGCCCGUCAUACUGGCCUCAUCGCCCAGUACCCCAAGAGCGAAACCACAACCCCUGCCCAGCAGCAGCAGCACAACCACCGCCACGACGAUACCAUCGCAGGCCAUCAAAACGAUGCCUCUGAGCCAGCUAAAGACAGCAGCCAACAGUGGGCCAGUAAUUAUCUCGCAGACCAUAAUACAGCCAGCAAAACGUGCGCAGCAACCGCAACAGCCGCAGCAGCAACAACAUCAUCAGCAGCAGCAAGCAGGCACUUCAAGUGCUGCAGCCGCACAACAAAUCCAGCAGCAACAGCCACAGUUGAUUGUACCCCAACAGGCCCAACAACAGCCGCAGCAGCAGCAAACGCAAUAUAUACUGGCUGCUCCACAACAACUGCAUCAGCAGCAACCGCAACCCAUCUUACCGACAUUAACAUCUUUUACACAAACACGGGCAGUGCCACAGACUACAACGUUGUAUCAGACGACGGCGGGUGGCAGCGGGCAGACUCCUACCAAGAUAUUAUUAAAGACCUCGGGGGCAUCCAGUGUGGUGAUGACGCCUCUGCGACAACAACAGGGCGGGACUACAUUGGUCUCGAGCAAUCCACCACCAUUGGUUGCCACGUCGGCGGCCAUGGGCUUACCUGGGCAACCGCAAUCGACGACACUCAACAUUCAGAAUGUUCAACUGCCCAAUCGCCCGGUGACAAUACAACCAGCCUCGCAAGCUGCACAGCAGCAACAUUUGCAGGCUCAGCUGCAGCAGCAGCAUCCGCAGCACACAAUUGUGGCCAAUACAACGGCCACGCAGCAGCCAAAGCUGUCACAAGUAUUGAUGCAACCGGGCGGCACUGUAACCACAGCUGGUGGCGUCUCCACAUUAAAUGUAUCGCCCACGGCGGGUAAGAACAAGACGAUUAUCCUGACACAGAAGGGUGUCAUCCUUCGUAAUAUUGGCGGCGAUAUGUAUCAACAAAUUCCGAUCAGUAAUGUGGGUGGACUUCAGAGUCUUGGCGCUGGCGCCACUCUGAUGACAACUACGGCGGCGGGACCGCCUGGUCUGGUGAAGACCACCCCAUCAUCGGCUAGCCUACAAUUGCAGCAGCAGCAACAACAGCAAGGACAGCACAAUAAACAGAUAUUGCCCACUCUGAUACCAACCAGUUCACUGGGUGGUCAGCAUGUCAUUGUCCAGCAACAGCAGCCCGGCAAUGUGAUUGGCAAUACCCCACAGCAGACGAUUAUACGUCCGGUUAUGGCCAAUGUUGGUGGAAGCUUGACCACGCUGCCGCAGGGCCUGACCUUGAUACAACGGCCGGGCCAACAGCCGCAGCUGGUGCAGGUGCAAGCGGCGCCGAGUGGGCCGCAGCGUACGAUUAUCACAUCGGCGACUACGGCAGCGGCCACCACGGCGCCGCAACAGCAGCCGCGCCAGCAGCAGCAGCAACAAAUUUUGGUUCAACAAAAGCCGGCACCGGCCCUGCAGCAACGUUUGGUCACCUCCACGAGCAGUGCCAGCCAAGGGCAGCAAGCUAAUUCGAAUGCCGGUAUUUCGCGUACAGUCCAGGUUCAAGUACAGACCCAGCAGCAGCAACAGCCACAACAGCAGCAACAGCCAGCACAGACGCAACAGGCGCCUCAACGACGAGGUCUUUCGCUUUCUAAUGAGCAUGUUCAUAAGGCUCACGAAAUGUUCCGCAAGGCAAAUCGUGUAUCGCGGCCUGACAAAGCUCUCAUCUUGGGCUUCAUGGCGGGUCUGCGAGAGAAUCCGCGACCCAAUUCAGAAAACGUUUUGAUUAUCAAAUUAGGUGAAACAGAGGAAAAAGUGCAACAGGAUGAUGGCAACACGGCCUUGUGCCUUGUGGAAUCGCAUAUUCGUUUGGACUACAAUACUGGCGAGUGGAAAACAUUCCAGAACUUUAGGUUGCUGGAUCAGACUGCCGCCUCAUAGUCUACAAGGAUUAUACGUGUGCGCAGCUCGAAAUGAAUGUGAAUGUAGGGCAUCCAGCUGCUUGGUUUAAGCUGCAGACGCGUAUAUAGAAAUUUCAAAUUUUGUUUUACGGUCCUACCGUUCUUUAUGGGCAGCAGCAGCAGCAGCUGCAAUGACGCCACUAAUUAGGCAACUAUAACCAGCUUCUAUAUCCCUAUAAUUACCCGCAACCAGAACCACAGUCCUAAUCCGACCUAUGCGAUCCCCAUCCCAUCUCACUACAGAACCCUAAGAUACCAUAUGCUGGAAAUAAUGAAACUAUAAAAUAAUUAACGUAAAUUAGCUGUACAGUUGUUUAGUAUAUAGCAAAGGCUAGCGCUUAACCAUUUAGUAAACCUGCCCCUUCCCUUUUUCAUACAAAUACACAUCAACAUUUAUUCAUACAUAAAUACAUACAUCCGCAAAAACAACAAACAUACAUACAUCAUCUAUACAUUCAUAUAUCCAAAAACGUGGACAACGCUCGAUUGGACAUCGGCUAAAGACAAUAGCAAUGGGAUAGUUCAAAAGUGAAUAAUUGGAUAUAUGUACAUGAAAUCAUUAUGCACGCAUAGCCACACACCACACACACACACACACACACAUUAUAUUAUAUACGUAUAUGUAUAUGCAAAUAUAUAUUUAGCAUUGUGUAAUUAAUUGUCAAGUAAAAAAAGUGUAUAAUUAACUUAGCAAGCAGCAGAAAAUUCGGAGCCACAAAGUACGCUCUGUAUUCAUUAAAGAAAUACAACAAAAGAAAAAAAAAAACACACACACACAACUAGAAAUGAAUCGUCGAAGAAGAUAAAUACAA